AUGAGAGUCUGGCUCGCAUUGGCUCUGUGUGCCGCGCGACGAGGGACGGCGGCGAUACCGAAGGGCGCGACUCAUGCCUUUGCGGGCUGCAGAGGUGUAUCUUUCGAUGUUUCAGGAUCUGCAAUGAAUCGCGACCUAUCGGAUCUGGACAUGAAGGAUCUGGAUGCGUUGACUGCGCGACUGAACGAUGAUAAUUUCACUCGGAUCGCGGUAUCUGGAGAUCAGCAAUUAGCAGGAUGGUACUGUCCGCCGCUGGUGUCGAAUGACAACAACGACAAGCUGCAAGUGCUUUUGCCGGCCAUCACAACCAAUCGCGAGCUGUGGACUGCGUUAGGUGGGACAGAUUUGCAACCGGAUAAAGACCCUCCCUACCAGCCUCAGCCGUACUCAUGGGUGCAGUACAUGACUGGGAAAGGCUAUGCCGUCCUAGCGAUGGACCACCUCGGGCAAGGGAAGUCCUCCAAACCGGACCCUACAAAAGAUGUCCAGGCGCCUUAUGAGCCAGUACCCUCUCUUUCAGUCGAACUCUUUCACUCCCUCGCGACGCAAUUACGCUCCGUUAGUAACACUCUCGGGAAGUCAUUUCAACAUCUUAUCCUGAUCGGCUGCUCCUAUGGCUCGGAAAAUGGGGCACUUCUGGCCAAGAAACAUCCUCACGACUUUGACGAGAUGAUCCUCACGGGCUUCUCCAAGUCGGUCCUGGGCUCGUUGAAGGGCGUUGUGGCUCUGAAUGCCAUGCCUGCGCAGCAGGUUGACGCUUCGAAAUUCAGCGAGCUUGACGCAGGCUACUUGACCUCCCCGAACGGAACGACACGUACAUACUCAUUCUUCGGUGAUCCCCAGUACAUCGAUUUCGAUCCCGAGGUAUCGCAUCGGUUCUUCACGCGUAAAGACGUGGUAAGCGUCGGCCAGUUCAUUUCAGCUUACAUCAAUCCUGUGCCGGCACCAAAGUACAAGGGAAGAGUGUUGGUGAUGACAGGCGAGCAAGACCAAGCAUUCUGCGGUCCGGGCAGUUCUGCCAUCAAUGCUGAUCCGAGAUGCGGUCCUUUGUUAAAUGAUACGGGCGAGCUGUUUCCGAAGGCCGAGUACAAUUGGAAGAGCAUACCGAGGUCGGGGCACGCGUUGACCCUGCAUAAGAGCGCGCCUGAGACGCUGCAGACAGCAGAGUCGUUUCUGGCCGGAGAGCGGUUCGGCAGUGAUUGA